AUGAUUCUAAUUUUGCUUUUUUUCACCAGGCUUUGGUUGACUUUCUGCUGCUGCCCAUAUAAUAGCAACGACUAUGGUGCAUUUGGUUGCGCAUGCAAAAGUGGAAUCAAAUACUACGCUGACGACAAAAUAUGCUUAAUCCUCAUCAUUUACUGACCAUUUUAUUUAAAUUUUCCAAAAUCUAGGAAAAUUAAGCGACCAUUUAUAAUAAUGAAUAUCAGAGAAUAUUAAAUAUAUUCGCUUUUUAACGAUUCUUAUCUCAUAUCUGAGCACAAAAAUAUUUAAUAUAGGUAAAAUUUUAAUAUAAAAAUUUUAUUUUUUUUUUUAUCCCCAAGAAGAGCUAGCUGGAUGUCCUUCACUUUUUUCAUCUAGCCACAAUAGUUUUUGAGACACAUAUUUCUGCAAUGCACCUAGUGGAGAUAGUGCAAUUUUAUUUACAUUGCCCUUUUCGACAGUCCAAGACGUAACAGGCACUUAUAUAGCAAGCUCAACUGGCUCGGCUGACCAAUUUACAAAUCCCAGCUCAGUUCCUUAUAACUCUGCCACCCGCACUUCUCCUCUCCCAACUAUUGACCGUGGCUUUUAUUUUGCCACUACUUCAGGCAUAAGAAGCAGCUCAAGCUAUACCCCAGCCUUAUAUUUUACUCUAAAUAUGUGGAUAAUGCCUCUCAGUAGUGGAGAAAUUUUGAACGUUAUUGCAGGCUCUACGCAAUAUUUGCGGAUUUAUGCAGAUUCCAGCAAUGUAUACAAGCUUGCCGCAAAUAUAUAUGAUGAUAAUGGUAAUGCAAAAAGUAUAGCUGGGACUGCGACGUCAGCUUAUACGUCAUCGUGGCAUUCUGCUUCAAUAGUGCUCGACCAAACGGACUGUGACACUGUAGAUGUAUCUUUUUAUAUUGGUAACUCAGGAGUUGGAACAACAGUGAUAAAUAACGCAGAAGCAAGAUUUACAGUGGCUACUUAUGUAUGAAAAAUUGGGAGUGUAGCUGGCGGAGACUCAUUUAGAGGGUUUAUUUAUUGACUGCAAGCUAGAUCAGAUACCACUAGAACUUAUGGAACAACUUCUCCUAUUAUUAAUUGCGUUAAUAACCAAUAUUGAACUGGAUCAGCCUGCGGAAACUGUGAUUCUAGCUGUCCUACUUGGCCUUGGUGCGUAAGAGGAACUGACUGUAGUAUUUGUCAAACAGUCGACUGUAGUGCAUGCUCUGGGUAUUCUUUAUCAAUGUGCUCAGCUUGCUAUACAGGCAUUGCUCCAGGAUGCUGCGACACUUAUGGGACAACUUGUACACAAACUUGGUCUAAUACUGCAUGCAGCAGUGGAAAGGUUCGUAUUGGAGGAGUUUGCUUAUAUGCAUGCCCUUAUGGAUUUGGGAAUUGUGCAGCUGUUUCUUCUGCUGUUUUAACAGCUGAUUUUACAGGGGCAUUUACUGGGAGCUAUGGAACUGCUUUAAUUACGGCAAUAAGCUCGAGUAGUUAUAAUUAUUGGUCUUCUGCUGAAUCUUCUGAUCCUUUCCCAGCUAAAAAUAGAGGGCUUUAUUUUAAUUCUAACCAGUAUUUGGCUGGAUCUAUUAAUUUAUCCAAUACUUGAAGCAUGAGUACGUGGGUUUAUGCUAUUUCUGGUACUUUAGUCAGCCACAGCUCUAAUAAACUUACCAUUGAUUCCAGUGGCUAUAUUAUUUUUUACUUGGAAAAAUGAGACGCUAGCUCAGGAAGCUGGUCUGCUACUCAGACUAUAACUUCAAACACAUGGAGUUACGUUUCCUAUACAGUUGGAUUUUCAAAUAAAAUUACUACUGUUACUCCUUAUCUUAACAAUGCUGCUGCAGCAUCUACUUCCAUCACAAAUUUUGUUUUUAGAUUGCCUUCAGGAGGAACAUUAUACAUAGGAAAAGGCUCAAGCAACUUUAAAGGAUUUAUCGCUCAUUUUAUGCUAUGACAAGUCGCCAUUAGUGACUUUUCUGCCUAUUCUAGUAUUGGCACAUUAACUGGAGGGACAGUAUCAACUUUAUGGCCUUGUGAUUACUCUGAAUAUUAUGAUGGAACUAAUUGUGCAUCAUGUUUAGGUACAUGCACAAUGGGCUGCACCAGAGGAACAUCUUGUUAUAUUUGUGAUGAUUUUUUAUGUACCCAGUGCACAUCAUUUGCAUCAGGAACUUGCACAUCGUGUGUUACUAAUGCUGCUGGCUCUCCUUGUACUUGCAAUUCUGGGUAUUAUCAGCCUACAAAUCAAGCUGUAUGCUCUCCUUGCUAUAAUGGCUGUACCCACUGCAUCGAUUCUUCAUAUUAUUCUUGCACUUCUUGUAGCUCCACCUAUUUUUUAUACAACUCUAUGAUAUGUCUUUUGAGCUGUCCUUCAGGAUAUACAGAAAACUCAAGCACAAAAAACUGUGAUUUUUCAUCAACGACUGGGCUAAGCUUAUCUCUUUAUGAUAAAAUAAUGCUUCAUUCCGUUUCAGGAGUCAUAAUAGGAAAUUCUAUGUCAAAUUAUUACCCUAGCUAUGAUUCUAAUGAUCCUUAUCCGGCCUAUCUAAGAGGAUACUAUUUUACUGGCACAACUUAUAUGUCCUCAUAUACUGUGAUUGGACCUUAUUUUACUGUCUCUAUUUGGGUGUAUCCUACUGCAGCAGGAACAAUUCUUGCUAAAACAGUUUCAGGGAAUGAAAUAUUUUGUUUAGAAAUUUUGAGUGGUUCAGGGUACCCUAAGCUUUCUCUUAUUUUAAAGGACUCUUCGUCUUUUUCAGUUACUCUAUCAGAAAAUGCAUUGAAUGGCAGUUGAAAUUAUAUUGCAUUCGCAGGAACAAUUGAUGCAAGCCAUAAAACUACAGUAAGCUCAUAUUUUAAUUCUCUAACGAAAGAAACAGGAUCAUCAUCCAAUGUUAUGUAUUUUCAGGAUCGCAGCGCAAACUAUCUUUAUAUUGGGACAAAAGCUACCACAACCAGCGGCUUUAUUGGAUUUUUGUAUGACUUAAAUAUUUAUAACGUCGAAAACUUGCAUUACAGCGACUAUACAACCUCAAGCUGUAUUUCUUCAUGCUCAAGCUGCCCAAUCGAUCAUAACUGUCCCGAUAAUGCACCAAUUACACAAUAUUAUGAUGGGUCGACAUAUAGUAAUUGUAUGGGGUCUUGCACACAAGGAUGCAGAUAUGCAGAUACUUGCAGACUUUGUAAGACAAAACAGUGCUAUGAAUGUACUUUUUUCUCUGGAUCUUGCUCAAGCUGCAUUACAAAUGCAGAAGCUGAUGGGUCUGGCGGAUGCCAAUGCAAGACAAAUGCUUUUUGGCAUUCUAGUACAGCGACUUGUGAUUUUUGUGAUGCCCUUUGUUCUGUAUGUAAGCAAACUACUUAUUUUGAGUGCACUACUUGUGUCACAGGAAAACAAAUAGUAGACAUUAUUUGUUUGAAUGAUUGUCCAUAUGGCUAUGGAACUUCUUGUUCUUCAGUGACAACAGCAGUAAUUGAUCAAUUAUUUGACACUGAUUUCCAAGGAUCUUAUGGGAUUUUUACAACUGGAGCAUCAUCAAGCACAUAUCAGCACUUUAAUUCCCCUGAAACUUAUGACCCUAUUCCUACAUAUGCAAGAGGGCUUUAUUUUGAUGGAAACAUGUAUUUAUUAUCUUCAGUUUCUGUCUAUCUUUCACAUAGUUUUUCAAUGGGCGCAUGAAUUUAUGUAGCUACUAAUGGAGAUUUAUUACAAAAACAAACAAGGCUAACAGUUUCAUCAACAGGCGCUAUAACAGCUUUAAUGGAGGACUCUGCACAAGCAACAUCUACACAAACAUUAUCCCCAACCUCUUCAUUUACUGGUUGGACUUAUUUAUCACUUGCUAUUUAUUACACCUCAAAUGCUUCCAUUCUUUCUAUUUAUAUUAAUGGGGUUUCUGCUGGCUCUACGACUAUUUCUGGCAAAAUUUAUCGAGACCAAGCGUCAACCAAUUUGCAAUUAGGAAAAGGAAGCAGCUCUGGAUUUGUUGGGUUUAUUUAUUAUUUUCAGCUGUGAAACAUCCAAAUAUCAGAUUUUCUCACUAUUAUCAGUGGCUUUACAUUUUGCGCAUCUGGAGCUUCUUGUUUAUGGGAAUGCAGUAUUUCUACUUAUAAAAAUGGUGCUUCUUGUUCAGCCUGCAAUUCUUGCAAUAAAGGAUGUGUCAGGGCAUCUACAUGUAAUGUUUGUGAUGAUUUAUUAUGUUCUGUUUGCUCUGGUUUUGGCUCAGGAAAAUGCUCCCAAUGCGUUUCUAAUGCUAGUGGAGCUCCUGCUCCAUGCGUGUGUGACCUUGGAUAUUGAACUUCAAAUGAUGGGUUUUCAUGUCAGCCAUGCUAUACUGGAUGUUCUCAAUGUACAGGCUUAACUUAUCAAAAAUGCACAGCAUGCUUUUCAGGGUAUUUUUUCUUUGCACCAACUGGGCAGUGCUUAACUGAAUGCCCAACUGGAUAUAGUGCGAAUUCUGCAGGAAAAACUUGUGAUUGGUCAUCAGACUUAGGAAUUGGCCUAGACUUGACUGACCAAGUGCAUCUUGACACGGUUUCUGGUUUUAAUGUAGGCUCUGUAAGUACAAAUGCUUAUCCUGACUGGAAUUUAGAUGCAAAGGAUCCUAUCCCUUCUUAUAAAAGAGGCUACUAUUUUUAUCUUAGCAAUUAUUUAUCAUCUACUGUUAUGAUGUCACCUUCAUUUACUAUUUCUUUAUGGACAAAACCACUGACCGCAGGAAUUCUAAUGACAAAAUACACAACUAGUGGCAUUUUUAAAGCUACUAUAGACUCCUCAGGAUACCCUUUGCUUUCAAUAGUUUUUUCUGAUUCUUCAACUGCUACUUUAACUACCUCAACAAGUGUAAUAAAUAGCUGAAACUUUUUAGCCUUCACAGGACAAGUCCAAACUGAUGGCAAAACUAAGCUGAGUCUUUAUAUUAAUACAGCGGCUUUUAGCGAUAUUACUACUACAGCUUUAAUUUAUUUUAAAGACACUAAUGCAGGAACUCUAUAUAUUGGAAAUGAUGAAACCUUUGGGACUUCAGGAUUAUAUGGGUUUUUAGCAAGAUUAUAUAUUUAUAACACUGAUACUUAUCAUUCUUAUGACUAUUCAUCCUCAUGCAAUACUGGCUGUUCUGUUUGUCCUUUAAAUAACCAAUGUUUAAGUGAAUGCGAUUUUGAUAAAUAUCCUGAUAGCUGCACUGCUUGCUUGACAGGCUGCAAUCAAGGAUGCGUCAGUGAUUUAACUUGUCGACUUUGCAGGGAUAAAGAGUGCCACUCAUGCACUACUUUUUCAGGAGAAUGCGCAAGCUGCAUUACAAAUGCGCAUAAACCAGUAGACCAUUGUGUGUGCAAUACGAAUGCUGUAUGAGUCUCUAGUUCUCAGUCCUGCGAGCUCUGCAAUACAAUUUGUGGUACUUGCUCUACUGUUGAUUAUAAUGGCUGUCUUACAUGCACAGCAGGCUACUAUCUGAUUCAAUCUUUAUGCAUGACUUUUUGCCCUACUGGAUAUGUUAUAAAUGGUAGCAAUUGUGAUACUGACCCUGCUUAUACAGACUUUUUAGUGUUUAAUUUAAUGCCACACCAAAUAAAAGAUAUUGUGCUAGAUUUAGCUUCAAGUAUCCCAGUUCUCACAGGCAAAGAUAACAAAUUUUACCCUACUUAUGAUGCAACUGAUCCAAUAGCAGCUAUUUAUAGAGGAUAUUACUUUUCUGGCUCAGCUUAUAUGCAGUUACCUCCUUAUACAGGCACAGGUUCCCCAUUACUUACUUUUUCACCAAAAUUUACGAUAUCAGCCUGGAUAAAUCCAGUAUCUGAUACAGGCGUCAUUUUUUCGAAGCAAACCGACAAUGGAGGAUUUGAAAAAUUUGUGAGCCUUGAAUUAGUAAGCAAAUAUCCAUCACUUACACUUACAUUGCAGGAUUCUAAUGCAAUCACUUAUACAAGUGCACUUUCCUUAGUGGAGGCUGGAUUGUCCCAAUGGAAUUUUAUUUCAGCUAUAUCUGAUAUCAGUGCAACUCCUCAGCAAAUUAUAAAAUUUACAACAAAUACAUAUACUGACAUAUCAAGUAAUCAGCAUCCAAGCUGAUUAAAUGAUUUGCAAAGCUCAUUUAUAAUAACAAUAGGGGCAAGCUAUCUUGAUUCCACAACUCUGACGUCAUUUUUUAAUGGGUUUCUAUGGGAUCUAAAAAUUUAUAAUACAAUUACAGUUAGUUCUCUAACGUCAAGCUCUUGUAAUGGGUGCUCAUUGUGCCCAAUAGAUAAUUCCAAUACUUGUUUAGAAAACUGUCUUAUAAGUAAAUACUGAAAUGGCUACAGCUGUGAUUCAUGCUUAUCUGGGUGCUCAUCUGUUGGCUGUGUAAGAAGAGAUAAAAAUUGUAACCUUUGCCAAGACGUGAUAUGUGAAAUAUGUGAUGAUUAUACAAGCACUUGCAUUUCUUGUAGAACACAUGCAAGUUUAGUAGGUUCAAGCUGCCAAUGUAGUGAUGGGUAUUAUUGAAAUUCUGGUAAUGAAAUCUGUGAACUCUGCGAUAUUUCUUGUAAAACAUGCACAUCUCCGAACUUUCUAGAUUGCUUAACAUGCGCUAGUGGUUAUUAUAUGGCGUCAGGAAUCUGUGGUACAAGCUGUCCUUUAGGAUAUGAAAAAAAAUCAGGUGAUUGUAUAAGGGUUCAAGAAAAGAUUUUUGACUUAGAUUUAAAUAGUUUAAACGGGGUCAUUUAUGAUAAGGCAAGCUCGAUCCCAGUUGUUACUGGAUCUACAAAGCAAUUUUACCCAGACUAUGAAACUGAUGACCCAAUUCCAGCCUAUUUAAGAGGAUUUUGGUUUAACGGGCAAACUUCAAUUUUAAGACUGCCAGAGUAUUCAAAUUAUGCAUCGCCAAGACUUGUGAUAGCCCCAACCUUUACAAUUUCUAUAUGGCUAAACAUUGAAAGCCCUUAUUCUUCUAUAUUAUCAAAGCAUAAUAUUUCCGAUGGCUACUCGACUCUUUACUCAGUUAAUUUAAUGGAUAGUAAGCCUAUAUUUUUAAGCAAUUUAGGGUUACUGCCAAUAUUUUAUAUAUGUGACGGAUCACUUAAAAAUAAUGAAUGAAGCCACGUAGUAUUUACAUUGGACACUACUUCAAAUGGCUAUAACAAGUUGUCUUGCUACGUAAAUGGAAUAUCUUAUCCAUCAAGCUUAACAGGAUACGGAGCUUUUCUAGAUUCAGGACCUCAUACUACAAUGACUAUAGGCGCUCAAACAAGCUCAUCAGCCAUUUAUAACUUCUAUCAAGGCUUUAUUUAUAGUAUCCAGAUGUUCAAUUUAGCCAAAUCAGUAUCAAGCUUAUCAACUACCUCUUGUACUGAAACUUGCAGUGUUUGUCCAACAAGUCAAAUAUGCAUCCCUAACUGCAAAAUAAAUCAAUAUUGGAGCGGUCCUGCCUACAAUAAAUGCUACCAAUGUAACACAAAAUGCAAAAAAACCUGCAGGGACUGGAAACCUACUUGCUCACUUUGUAGCAAUUUAUUAUGUGACGUCUGCACUGAUUAUUCUGCUUCAGGAUGCUCAACUUGUAAAGAAAAUGCGAUUAACCCUGAUUCAUGCAUUUGUGACUUAAAUUAUGCCCUCGACUCUUCUAAUAAUAACACCUGCAUUCCUCUUGAGGCUGGAGGAUUUAGAGGUUCUGACGGUAAAUUUUAUUCCUGCCCAAGCUACUGCACUUAUUGUGCAUCUCUUACCAGUUGUUCAGCUUGUGUAGAAAAUGCAAGUUUGAAUAAUAAUUUAUGCUAUUGCAAUCUUGGGUACAAUGGAAUCAAAACUUGCUCGCUCGUCCCUUUUUCAGCAUGGCUAACUGUUUUGUCAGAUAAUUCUCUUUACCUUACUUUUUCAGAAAGUCUUGCUAAUGUUUUGACAAUCAAAGACUUUACUAUUACUAUUGAAAGUCAAGGAAAAGUUUCAUAUAAAAUGGAGCAGGUAAAUAGUACCUCUUAUUACCUUUCUUUAUCUAUUUCAGAAGAAGUUUCAAAAGGGUCGUUAGUAAUUCUUACAUUUUGGGAUUUAGCUCAAGUGAGAUCAGUCUCAAAUGGUGUCUUAAACUCAUCUGAUAUUUCUGCAGCUCUGAAUUCGUAUGACCCUGCGCCAUAUUCGAGCGCUGUUGCAGCAGUUGCAGCUCAAGCAAAAGCUGGUGUACAAGCUGCUGUUUCAGGGGCUAUUGCUUUAUCAGUUGUAAAUCCAAGUCCAAGCUCGCUUUGGAGCAUGAUAAAUACUUUGCAAAUUCUUAAUCCUUUUGAGUGGGAACAUUUUAAUAAUUAAAAGUUCAUUUUAAAAAAAUUUCAAUUUAUAUAAUAAUUUCAAAUAAUUUUUUUUUAUAUAAAAUGUUUUUCUUGUGGAUUGGAAUGAGAUAGUUACUUGACUUUAUCAGGAAUCCCUUUUACAAACAAAAUGAGUACGUUUUUGAACAAUUUGAACUCUUUUAACAUAAUGCCAAAUGUAUUUUCAUAUAUCAUAGAUAAAAAUGAAGGAAAUAUUCCGUAUUCUCAAGCUAAAGAAUUUGGAUAUGACUCUGAUUUGAUUCUUAUUACUACAGGAAACGAUUUUACACUGAUAUUGGCUUCUCUAUCAGCUUUUCCAGUUAUUUUCUUCUUUUCUCGAUGCUCAUACAGAUGAAUUGGUAAGAAAUUUAUGAAAACUGUCAAAGCUUAUCAGUUUUCUUUUUACUUGCUCCUCACUUGUUUAUGGAACAAAACCAGAAAAUUAAGAUCCUUACUCCCCCCCUCCGUGAGUGAACAAAAAUUUUUUGUUCACUCACGGAGGGGAGUUAAUUUUUUUUUUUUAAAAAAUUUUAUAUAUAAAUUUUAUAAAAAAUUUUUUUUUCGAAAUUUAAAAAAAUCCUAAUUCGCAAAAAUUGGAAAGCAAAUAUUAAUUUAAUUUAUAAAAUUUAUGUUUUUAAAAAGCAAUUCGUUUAAAAUUAAAUAGAAUUAGCUCUAGAUUUCAUUAUACUAAUUACCAUUUAUAUAUCUAAAUUUUUUUCAAUAAAAAUUUUUUCUAUUAAAAAAAUUUUUGUUCACUCACGGAGGGUGGGUUUUUUAGGCAAAAAAUAGCGAUUUUUCUUAUGGUUUUGUUCACUCACUGAGGGGGGGGAGUUAGUUAGUAAGUAAGUUAAGUUAAGUGCUAUAAGGCUAAAAGUGGAUAGACCACUUGCUUUGCUAUCUGGUGUAAACCCACCUAACUUAAGGAUAGAGCUACCUCUUGCAGAUAUCCCAUUAGUCCCAAUAAGUAAAGGCUAGGUGGAAGGCACGCCCAUCUGCAGGGUCAGGGGACACCUUUAGGGAGAAACAAAACUUUCCUCUUAGGUAGGCAUCCCCAAAACCUGAAGGCCAACUUUUCAAAAAGUUGUACAGGGCACUAUUUUCAGCUUUUUCAGGAUGGGUCUCCCCACUCCGUAGGAGUGCACCUUGAGUCCUCUUCUGUCAAUGUCACCAUCUUAUUUCUAUAUGUUAGUACGUAAGCAAUUUUUUUGUUUUAAACUAUACAAUUUUAAUAGGCACUAAAGCCAUUUUUUAAGGUGACCUUGGUGUAUCAAAAUGCUCAUACUUAAUUUUAAAGACUUCUACUUAAUAGCGGAUCUCUUGUCUCUUCGUUAAGAACCCUAUUGUAUAAUUGUGUCAGUCUGAAAGUAUGGCUUUUUAACUAGGACAGCGUUUAUUGAGCGCCUAGUGCAAUCUGGAUUUAAUGCUUUUGCGUAGCAGGUACUAAAUAGAAGGAUGGAGUGACUAAAACGACAAAUCCCAAAAAGAAUAAUUAAUCCUUACUGAUGAUAAGCGCCUUCCAUUAAUUAUAGGUGUUUGCAUAGCCAUUUGAACUUCGGCACAAGAGAGACUCCAAGAAGCUGAUCCUCAGAAUUAAACUACUCCAAUCGCCCAUAGAAUGGCUGCAGAAAUCCAUAAGCCAUCCAUCAGAUGCAAUAACUUCCUUCGACAGCUACAGAAAAAAGACUGCUCCACUGUGGCCUAAGCCAAAAUCCCCAAUUUCUCGUUAGAGGAGUGCCCUGGGUCCUCGGAUCCAAAAUACGUUGUCAGGCCCUCCAUUUCCAACCACAGGAAGGAAGCCAAAACGACCUGGAUACAGAAAAAAAUUACCCAUCAUGCUUGCGAGCAAUUUAUUAAGCUCGGUAUCCAAAGAUGGGGAGUUAAGGUUUUGGAUUCAAUCUUACCUUGAGCUAGGAGCUGCUGCAAGUAUUGGGCUGGUCACAUUCGGAUUUAGCAAUAUGACUCAAAUCACCAAUGUCAUUAUCUGUAUCAUUAUUUAUAUUUCAUUAGUUGUUACCCCUCCAGCAUAUUUUUGGUUUUCUUAUAAAAAUAGAAAUAGAAUCCAGUCUCGAGAAAAGACUUUUACUGCCUUAUUCAGCUCCUUUUUUUAUGAAUUUCGAACUGAUCGUGGGCUACUUGCAACGCAAUAUUACUUUGUGUUCUUUUUAAGGAGAUUUAUUUAUAUAAUAAAUUUGGUCUUUUUAAGAGACUACCCACAAACUGAAGUAACUAUUAAUAUUGUCCUUUCUCUGAUGACUCUUAUGCAUUUAAUUUUAUUUUGGCCAUUUGAAGACUCUGUUUUGCAAGUAUGCAAUGUAUUGACUGAAACAUUAAUUUUACUUAUAAUGAGCUCCACAUCAGUUUAUUUAUUUAAUUUAGAUCAGGAAAUUAUUUCAGAAUUUGAAAGUGUUAUUGUAGCAAUAGCAAUAACAGUUAUGGGGAUCCAGGCAUUUGCUUCAAUAGCUAUUUUUGCGAGAACAUUAUAUGAAAUUAUCCGUCAUAAGCUGACCAAAGCAGGGAUUGUGAGAAGGAAUAUUCGUAUGUAUAAGCCUCAUCUCAAAAAAGUAAAAAAAUAA